AUGGCAUCCAUGCGCGGGCACUGGCGCGAGGCCCACCAGUGGUCCCAGCAGCAGGGCCGCCGCGGCCGCGUGGGCCAGCGGGAGCAGGCGCGGGGCAAGGCGGAGCUGGCAUGGUCAUACACGCGCGUGGCAUGGCAGCAGGUGUUCCCCACGCGCAAGGGGUCCCAUUACAUCCACAUCCAGUACCUGGACGGCCGCCAGCAGAGCCCGCCACCACCCGCGGAGCAGGCCCAGCUGGCGGUGGAUGCCAUGGUCACCGCGUGGGAGCAGGCGCGGGCCCAGCACGAGCAGCAGGCCACCAUCCAGGCGGACGAGGCCAUGGAUGCCAACCCAUGGCUGCGCAUGACCGGGUGGGCGCGGUAUCUGGACGGCGUGCACCCGCAGGACUUGCGGCAGCUGGUGGAGGCGCCCAUGGAAGUGGAGGAUCCGCAGUAUAGGGAGGAUCGCGUGGAGCAGGCCGUGCGCGUUAUAUAG